UAUUCAGUUUCCUCCAAAAACGAAAAAAAACAUGUUCGUCUUCUACAUGUAUUCUCAAUUUUCCAACGUGUGCCCAGUGCUCACUUCAUCAAAACCACUUUAAAAUUCAUUCCCACCUUUUUUUCCAAAAUCUUCAUGAAUCAUGAGAACAUGUCUGGCCAAGAAGUGAUCAUAACCAACGGCGGUUCGGUUACUUUUCCGGUGAAACCUUUGCCGUUGUAACAUGCUUAAAUCCUCAAGUGGAGAGAGAGAAACAUAGGAUCAUAGUACAUUAUAGAAUGUGCUCAAGAGAAUCAGUACCAUAAACAUCAUUCAAAUACUUUUUCUUUUUAUCUUCUUUCUUUUCUCCCUCAAACCACUUAUAAAUAACGCCAUCUUAACUCCAUUUCGAACUCACCAUCCAACAACAUAAACAACAAUACUUCUCUCUCUCUCUCUCGCUCUCUCAUUAACGCUCCAAAGAACAAAAAUGGUGAAGUUCUCUAAGCAGUUUGAAGGGCAACUCAUUCCAGAAUGGAAAGAAGUUUUUGUUGAUUAUCGGCAACUCAAGAAGGACCUAAAAAAUAUUCAAUUCCUUAAUAAUAACAACAGCAACGACACCAAGAACCAAAAUAGUUCUGUGCCUAAUUCCAUUAUUUCAUCACUAAGAAACUACUCUCCAUUUGGCCAUCACCAAAAUGGAGAGCACGUACCACCAAUUCAAGUCCAUAGGAAACUUGGUUCGUCGUACGACACCGAAUUGCUAGAGCAAUUUGCCGAAACCGGUGCUAUUAAGGAAUUCUUUGCUUGUUUGGAUCAGCAGCUAAACAAGGUGAACAAAUUCUAUAGAACAAAGGAGAAUGAGUUCAUGGAGAGAGGGAAUUCUUUGAGAAAACAAAUGGACAUUCUAAUUCAGCUCAAAUUUGCAUUCCAAGAUCAACAAGGUUCCAUAGAUAAAGAGUAUCAUUCCAUCUCAUGCACAUUUUCCAAUGAGGAGGACUCUGUUAGGAACAGAGAAGAUCCCGAAGAAGAAACAGAGGAAAUUAGCACAGAUGAGAUUCAGUUUUCUGAUUCUUGUCGCACAGACGAAGUUGGAGAGCCGACGCAGGUGAAGAGAGAAGAAAAACUCAGAACACUCUCCGGCCGUGUUAUUGAUUACCAAGGGAAGAAUCUCAGGAUAAACAUUCCUUCGACAACUCCAUUGCGAACCUUCUCGACCAUAACUUACCUUGUCCGGGAAGAUUUGAUUAACCAGUCAAGGAAAUUCAGCAUAGGAGCUGGCAAGGUUCAUAUUAACCAAACAAAGUUGCGCCACUCUGAAAAGAUGAUCAAACGGGGUUUCAUUGAACUCUAUAAAGGACUAGAAUAUCUCGAACUUUACAGGAACUUGAACAUGCUUGCAUUUAUGAAGAUUUUGAAGAAGUUUGACAAGUUUCAAUUACACAUUUGCCAAGUCUCCUAUUUCAAUAGCUCUGACAAGGUGAUUAAGCUGUCUGAUGAAGUAGAGGAACUGUUCGUCAGGAAUUUAGCCGGAGAUGAUCGAAAGAAGGCCGCAAAAUACCUCAGGCCGAGCCACCGGCAUAAAGAAUCUCAUUCUGUAACUUUCUUCAUUGGACUAUUUGGUGGAUGCUUCUUGGCACUUUUAACUGGAUAUGUUGUAAUGGCUCAUCUUAGUGGCCUAUAUAAACCACAACAGGAUUCACUUUACAUGGAAACAGUCUAUCCUGUACUUGGCUUGUUUAGCCUUAUAUUUCUACAUUUCUUUCUUUAUGGAUGCAACAUUGUGGCAUGGAGAAAGACUCGUAUAAACUACAGCUUCAUAUUCGAACUGGUUCCUACCAAGGAGCUAACGUACAGAGAUAUAUUCUUGGUUUGUACAAUGGCUAUGACCAUUGUAGUUGGGACAAUGUUACUUCAUUUGACUCUUCUAACAAAAGGCUAUUCUUAUGCCCAACUUCAACAUAUUCCAGGGCUUCUUAUACUGGUGUUCUUACUAAUGCUACUUUGCCCCUUCAACGUUAUUUACCGAUCAACCCGUUACCGUUUUCUUUGUACUAUAAGAAACAUAAUUUUUUCACCACUUUACAAGGUUUUCAUGCAAGAUUUUUUCGUGGCAGAUCAACUUUGUAGUCAGGUGCCAAUGCUGAGGAACCUCGAGUAUGUGGCAUGUUACUAUAUAAGUGGGAGUUACAAAACUCUAGACUAUGGAUACUGCACGAGGGAAAAUUACUAUAAAGACCUUGCUUAUGCAGUGUCGUUUCUACCCUAUUAUUGGAGGGCUAUGCAGUGUGCUAGAAGAUGGUUUGAUGAAGGGGAAAGAAGCCACCUAGUGAAUCUUGGGAAAUAUGUGUCAGCAAUGUUGGCAGCAGGUGCUAAAGUGGCUUAUGAGAAAGAUGGGAGUAAUAAUGUUGGAUGGCUAUGUGUUGUUGUCAUCUUUUCAAGUGCAGCAACAGUGUAUCAAUUGUAUUGGGACUUUGUAAGAGAUUGGGGUUUGCUUCAAUUCAAUUCCAACAAUCCAUUGCUAAGGAAUGAACUAAUGCUUCGCAAUAAAGCCAUUUACUACUUUUCCAUGGGAUUAAAUGUUAUUCUGAGACUGGCAUGGUUGCAAACUGUUGUCCAUUCAACUUUUCAAGGGGUUGAUUCUCGAGUAACAACAUUGUUCUUAGCAGCUCUUGAAGUUAUUAGACGAGGGCUCUGGAAUUUCUUCAGACUGGAGCAUGAGCAGCUAAAUAAUGCUGGCAAAUUUAGAGCAGUGAACAUAGUACCACUUCCCUUUCAUGAGGUUGAUGAAGAAGACUAAUAAAACCAUUGUUAUCUAGAUGAAUAUUUAGAAUAUUUUUCUUCAUUAAAAUUGAUGUAUUAUUGAUCAACUUGAUUAUUUCAUCGGUUGAUUUGACUGGAUAUGA